CGCAAACAAGUUGACCACAGCUCCCUAUUUAUCUCCCAUUUCAUAACCCAUUCUUUAAUUUCCUUCCAUCUUUAUUUCUUCUCCAUCUCAAAUUACACUUCAAUCUCUCUCAAAUUCACAACCAUGGAAUAUCGCACGUUAGAAAUAAAUGUUAUGUCCGGUAAAGAUCUCAACAAGGUCAAUCUCAUCACAAAAAUGGACGUAUAUGUUGUCGUUUCAAUCUCCGGCCUCGACGACAGAUCCAGCCAGAAAAUCAAAACACACGUAGAUCACGAUGGUGACAACAACCCCACGUGGAAUUUCCCUAUCAAAUUCACCAUAGAUAAUAACGCUGCUGUUCAAAACCGUUUGCAUCUUGUUUUCAAGAUCAAGUGUCAACGUGCUCUUGGAGAUAAAGAUAUUGGGGAAGUUGAUGUUCCAAUCAAAGAGCUUCUUGAAUCUCCAAACAGUACUGGAAGUAAACAAUUUGUAAGUUAUCAAAUCAGAAAACCUUCCGGUAAACCUAAAGGUCAACUCACUUUUGCUUACCAGUUUAGUGAUAAGAUCACCGGUAACCACAACGCUGUCGAUGCUAAGAUAGACCACCCAGUUACUGCUUAUCCGGCUGUAUAUACAAGUGGAUCCAGUUCUGUGUACCCGCCACCACAAGGUGGUAAUAAUACUGUCGAUGCUAAUAUUGACCAUCCGGUUACUGCUUACCCGGCUGUAAAUACAAGUGGAUCCAGUUCUGUGUACCCACCGCCGCAAGGUCCAAGUGGGACAUACCCACCGCCUCCAGCAUGUGCUUAUGGAGUUGGACCUACUCCACCAGCACACGUUGCGGGAUAUCCACAACCUAUGGCAGCUGGAGGAUAUGGAUAUACGCCACAGCAAGGCGGAUAUCCUCCACCACCCCAAUAUACAUAUCCUCCACAGCAAGGUGGAGGAUAUGGAUAUGGGUAUCCUCCGGUACAAAGGCCGCCAAAGAAGAAUAAUAAUUUUGGGUUAGGGUUGGGGGCGGGAUUGCUUGGUGGAGCACUUGGUGGAAUGCUCAUCGGAGAUGCAAUAUCAGAUGGUGGUGGUUAUGAUGGUGGAUUUGGUGAUGUUGGUGGAUUUGAUUUCUAAGUUCUUUUAAUUUUUAUUUAAUUUAAGCGUUAUUUUUUCUUUUAGUUAUUAACUCAUGUGAAAAUUGUAGGAUUAUGAAUUUUGAUAACAUAAAUCAAGCAACGUUUUAAGAUAAUAUAUUCAAUGAAUGUAUUUUAUCCA